AGCUCACAUGCAUAGGCCGCCCAAUUGCACAGCGUGCAACAGCUGAAUCCGCGAAUUCGAUUCGAUUUCAAUCCAUGCUGCGAUUGCCGACGAUUCUGAGGAAGUCCUUCAGCAUGAAGACACGCCAGAGGCUGGACUACCGCAACAAGCUCAUCCUGGCGCCCAUGGUGCGCGUGGGCACGCUGCCCAUGCGCCUGUUGGCCCUGGAAAUGGGCGCGGACAUCGUUUACACGGAGGAGCUGGUGGACCUCAAGCUGAUCAAGAGCAUUCGCAGGCCAAAUCCGGCUCUGGGAACGGUGGACUUUGUGGAUCCGUCGGAUGGGACGAUUGUAUUCCGCACCUGCGCCCAGGAAACAUCACGCCUGGUGCUCCAGAUGGGCACCAGCGAUGCUGGACGCGCUCUGGCCGUGGGCAAGCUGCUGCAGCGCGACAUAUCCGGUCUGGACAUCAACAUGGGCUGUCCCAAGGAGUUCUCCAUCAAGGGCGGCAUGGGCGCCGCCCUGCUCGCUGAUCCCGACAAGGCGGCACUCAUUCUGCGCACCCUAUGCUCCGGCUUGGACAUUCCAGUCACCUGCAAAAUACGCAUCCUGCCGGACGUGGAGGGUACCAUCGAUCUGGUCCAGAAACUGGCCGCCACAGGUAUCGCUGCCAUUGGGAUUCAUGCGAGAACGCGCGACGAGCGACCGCAGCAUGCUGCCCAUCCCGAGGUACUGCGCGCCGUUGCCCAGGCAGUUGACAUCCCGAUUAUCGCCAAUGGCGGUUCGAAAAACAUGCACUGCUACGAGGAUCUGCGCAAAUUUCAGCUGGAAUGCGGCGCCGAUAGCGUAAUGGUGGCCCGUGCUGCCCAAAUCAAUGUGAGCAUCUUCAGGCCGGAGGGCUUGCUGCCCAUGGACGAGCUGAUCGAGAAGUACCUACGCCUGUGCGUCGACUACGACAAUGCGCCGCACAACGCCAAGUACUGUGUGCAGAGCAUACUCAGGGAGCUGCAGGAGACGCCGCGAGGCAAGCGCUUCCUCCAAUGCCAGACGCUGCAACAGAUCUGCGAGAUCUGGGAGCUGGGCGACUACUGUCGGCGCAAGCAGCGGGAGCUGAAGACGAUGGGCAACUCGGGACGGGCGGAGGUGGAGCCACCGGAGGCGCUGGCCAAGCGUCAAAAGCUGGAGGAGGCAGCCACGGCCAUCACGGACGAGUACGCCGGCGUCAUUUGCCGGAACAUGCCAUUCCUGCGCUCCACCUAUCCCAGUGAUAACCAUCUGCCGAAAACGCAGCUAUAUGUGCAUGCCGGGAAGGCUGGCAAAUCCCCGCCAGCCUACGAAACGCAGCAGUGCGACAAGCUGUUCCGCUCCAUCUGCUCCUACGAUGGCCAGCGCUUCAGCAGCUCCUUUUGGGAGAAGAACAAGAAGCAGGCGGAGCAGGGCGCCGCUCUGGUGGCCCUGCUCCAUCUCGGCCAGCUGGAGGCAGAGGUUCUGCGCGACAAUGGCAGCCUGCUCAACUGAAGCGUUCCUCUUGUUUUAUGUAAAUGAUAACCAUUUGGCUAUGUUGCGACUCCAUUUGUCAUGCCUUUUUUGUUGUUCGAUUAUUGCAAUGGACAUUGCAACUGCCUUAAGUGCUGGGAGUAGUUAAAUGCCAGCGUACAAAGUGUGCAUCUCAAUAAACAGAACUGCACUGUGUGGUGCUUUAGGAAUAUG